UUCGAUGCCCGAGGCAGAGGACCAACAAGAACGACAAUUGACAACCAAGCUAGCAUCCAUGGCCCAACCAUGGAAGAUACCGCCGAUCGUGCAGGAGCUGGCCGCCGGCCUGCAGGAGCCACCGGGCCGGUACGUGGUCCGCGACCAAGAUCGUCCCGCCGCCGCCGCUGCCGCAGCCAUGCCCGAGCCCAUCCCUAUCGUUGACCUCAGCCGUCUAUCCGCUGCUGACGACGGCGGCGGCGCCGACGGCGAGGUUGCCAAGCUGCGGUGCGCUCUGCAGAACUGGGGCCUCUUCCUGGCUGUUGGUCACGGAAUUGAGCCAGGAUUCCUCGCCGAAAUGAUGCAAGUGACAAGGGGUUUCUUCAACCUCCCGACUGAGGAGAAGCAGAAGUACUCCAACCUGGUGAACGGCAAGGAGUUCAGGUUCGAAGGGUACGGCAACGACGUGGUGUUGUCGGAGGAUCAGAUCCUGGACUGGUGCGACAGGCUCUACCUGAUCGUGGAGCCCGAGUCCCGGGUCGUCGGCAGCCUCUGGCCGGCGCGGCCUCCUGCGUUCAGCGCCGUCCUGCGCGAGUACACCGCCAGGUGCCGGCGCAUCGCCGACGUCGUGCUCUCCAGCCUCGCCAGGCUGCUGGGCCUGCGCGAGGGCCGCUUCGUCGGCAUGAUGAACGAGGGCGUCGCCAUGACGCACGCCAGGUUCAACUACUACCCGCGCUGCCCCAGGCCGGACCUCGUCCUCGGCCUGAAAUCCCACUCCGACGCCUCGGUGAUCACCGUCGUCCUCAUCGACGACACCGUCGGCGGGCUACAGGUGCAGAAGCCGAACGAUGGCGGCGGCGUCUGGUACGACGUGCCCAUCGUUCCCAGCGCGUUGCUCGUCAACGUUGGGGACGCAAUAGAGAUAAUGAGCAACGGAUUCUUCACGAGCCCCGUGCACAGGGCGGUGGCGAACGCGGAGCACGACCGGCUGUCGCUGGCGAUGUUCUACACGCUGGACCCGGAGAAGGAGAUCGAGCCGCUGCCGGAGCUGGUGGACGAGAAGAGGCCGAGGCGGUACGGGAAGACGACGACCAAGGACUACCUAGCGGUGCUGUUCGAGAGGUUCGCCGGAGGGGCACGAGCCAUGGACACUGUCAAGAUCUCAACAGCUGAACUUGAUUCUGGAUCAGGGAGUGAGGAUGGUUGAUGAUCGAUUCCCUGUGAAGAUAGUGAAGCACUGGCCGUCUGCAUAUGCAGGUUGCUCUGCUUUUCCAUCAUGUCCCUACUUGUUCAGGAUUUGGAUAAAUAAAAAAGGAUG